UUAUAUAUUUUUUCUUCCGUGACAACGCACGGACCAUUUUGCUAGUGUAUAUGUAACUCCAAAAACCACUAGGCCUGGUGUGUGUGAGGGUAAUACGGGCGUACGUGCACCGCUGCACCGCUGCACAAGAUGGACAUGCACGGCUACGUAUGCAGUGCCGCCGUGGUGCUAGUAUUAUUUUCCAGCUUCCCAAAGCCGUCGGCCGAUUCCGCCGCCAUGGCGGAGCUGGUCACAUGGAAGUGCGACAACGGCACGUACUACGGGGAGAACUCCAGCUACCAGUCCAACGUCCGCAUCCUCCUCGCGUCCCUCGCCGCCAACGCCUCCCGCUCCCGCCCGUCGUUCCCGGUGGGCUUCGCCACCGCCGUCGUCGGCGCCAGCCCCGACACGGUGUGGGGACUGGGGCUCUACCGCGGGGACGCCAGCAGCGGCACCGAGUGCGCGUCCUCCUGCCUCGCCCUCGCGCCGGAGGUGGCGUUCGGCAGGUGCAUGGGCGUCAAGGACGUGUCCAUCUUCUACGACCGCUGCACCGUCCGCUACUCCUUCCGGGACUUCCUCGCCAGCCCGGACAACCGGCAGGUGCAGGUCUGGGGAGCCAGCGACGACUCCGUCGCCCCCCGGGACGCCGCCCGGUUCGGCGCGCUCGUGGCGAGCCUCGUCGGCGCGCUCUCCGACUGGGCGGCGUUCAACACCACCACCAGGUACGCCUCCGGGGUCAUGGUCUCCGACCAGGGUUUCCCGACCACCCCCAGCAAGGACCUGGUGCACAGGAUCAACGGCCUGGUCCAGUGCACGCCGGACCAGGCGCCGGGCCCGUGCCGCCACUGCCUCCAGGGGCUAAUCGACGAGAUGCCGGCGGUGUUCAACGGCACCGUUGGAGGGCGGAUCCUCGCGGUAUGGUGCAGCCUCAGGUUCGAGGUGCACGAGUUCUACGACGGCAGCCCCAUGGUGAUGCUCGUCGCCCCGCACCCAACGCCACCUCCUUCUCCCGUCCGGUCCACACACCAGACUGCAGCAGUGCCACCCGCUAUGUAGGCAGGAGGAUAGGGACCAGCUAUACAACAUGAUUGAUAUUCUUCUGUUGGUAGGCCUCUAGGUCAUAGAUCAUUUGCCUCUGGGGAGUCAUGUGUCGCCUUUUCUUUUUCUUUUUGACGUGUUUGUGUUAUUGCCCAAGAACUUUCCUUCACUUGAAUUACUUUCUUUUGAGGGGAUGCACUUGAAUUACUUGUAUGUACGUGAUGGUUAUUUUAUUUAUAAAGCCGAGCGAAAGCUUAUUUCAAGAGUA